ACAACUCCCAACUGAGCUCCGGCCGCGCGCCUACCAGCCAAUCAGCGUACAGCCAGCUACGCCGAGAGACUAGGUCUAUGCAGAGGACGCAGGGGUACGAUGGCCGACCUAGUCUCUACCUUCAACCUCUGGUUCAGGAUCAGAGCGUUUCACACCUUACGUUUGAGCCGCUGUGAUUGGUCCUCUCGUUACGCUCACCCCAAAUCCUGAUCCUCGUAAAUUGUAUAAAUACGGCCCAUACAAAGAGAAUUGACAACUGGCCACUUACAGUACGCUACAGCAGCAAAGGCAAAUAUACGGCUGGUGACCGUCAGUGGUUAAGCAAUAUGGGUCGUUACAGCAGUAGUGACAGUGAGAGUUCAAGUUCUGAAGGACAUUCACCACCACAGCAUAGCAGGAAAAACUCUACUGCUAAGAGUCACAAUAGUGGAUCCAGAAAGAAAAGAAGUCCAGUAAACCGAGCAAGGCAUAGAUCCAUGUCACAAUCUGAAGACAGUAGCAGUCGCUCAAGAUCUCCAGAUAGAAAUACCUCAAGAAAAUUGGAUAUUAGAAGAAAAAGAUCAAGGUCUAGAGACAGGAAUCGUCGGUCAAAAUCUCGCAGCAGAAAACAUAGGUCAAAAUCUCGCAGCAGAAACCAUAGGUCAAAAUCUCGCAGCAAAAACCACAGGUCAAAAUCAAAUGACAGAAAUCAUAGAUCAAAAUCUCAUGACAGAUAUCGCAGGUCGAAAUCUGGCGACGGGAAUCACAGGUCAGAAUCACGUGAUAGACAUUUUAGAUCCGAGUCACGUGGGAAAGUGCAUAAUGCAAACACAAAAUUGAGGAAUAAAGAGAGUAGUUCUAGGUCAAGAUCUAGGUCACGCUCUCGGUCUAGAUCACAUUCAAAGACCAGGCAAAGAAUAAGAGACAUAUAUAAUCAAAAGGAAAGUGCGGCUGACAGAGAGAGACGUGAUAAAAAACGUGCGAGGACUCCCAGCAAGCCAGAACAAAGUGAUAAGAUCCAUGGUAAAAACCGUCACAACAGAGACCGCUCAAGAUCGCGUGAGAAAGAACAAGUAAGAAGAGACCAGAGAUCACACAAAGAUCAAUUUCAUUCUAGAAAUGGUCCAGGAAGGAGAUGGUCAGAAUCCCCAGAUGGGCGUCAAGGUGGUAGUGGAUUCCAGAGAAAUCGAGAACAUUCCCCACCCACACCAGAUGGUAGAUGGGGACACAGUAAGUUCCUUGAACAACAGAGAGAGGAAACAUUUUCAAGAAAUAGAGACAGAGGAAGUUAUAGAUUUGCAGGUGGACAAAGAGGCGGCAGUAGCUACAGAAAUGGAGGAGGUUACAGAGAACGAGGUGGUGGUGGAUUUGGUCGCUAUGAUGAUGAUGAUAAGGGAGACCAGAGUGAAGAUUACUUUGGUUACCGUCGUGUUCAGCGACAACAGAUAACUGAAGAGGGUGUGCCUGAGCUGUGGAUCCCCUCGCCACUUCAUCCACAGCAAGAUUCAGAUGCACUAAACACAGAUGAAGAGAGGAAGCAGAAGAUGGCCAGCAAGGACAAAGAGGGUGACUCUCAUAGCUCAGAAGAUGAAAAGAAAAGGAAGAAAAGAAAGAAGAAAGAAAAGAAAAAGAGGCGUAAGAGGGAAAAAAAAAGGAAGGAGAAAAAGAAAACCUCUAAAAAGAAUGUGUCAGACUCAUCCUCUGAAAGUGACUCAGACUCUGACAUAGAUGAGGACGAUCUUCAGUGGAUUGAAAGAAGAAAGGACAGUGAUGGAGAGAUGGUGGAAGAAGUUGUAGGUCCCCUCCCCAAGCCCCAAGUCACUCUUUCAAAGAAGGACUAUGGCAAGGCUCUGCUACCCGGUGAGGGUGCAGCUAUGGCAGCUUAUGUAGCUGAAGGUAAACGAAUUCCCCGGCGUGGUGAGAUUGGACUAACAUCUGAUGAAAUAGAAAGGUUUGAGGAUGUCGGAUAUGUUAUGAGUGGAAGCCGUCACCGGCGCAUGGAGGCUGUACGUCUGCGUAAGGAGAACCAGAUUUAUUCUGCAGAUGAAAAGCGAGCUUUGGCUAUGUUCAGCAAGGAGGAAAGACAGAAGAGAGAAAACAAGAUUCUCACCCAAUUCAGAGACAUUGUUCGUAGCAAACUGAAUAAGAAGUAGAUAAGUUUAUAUUCCAAUGUCAUGAAAAAAGUUCAUAAUAAGGGACUUUCUAUAAACUUUUUCUUUUGCUCAUCCAGUUGGGAUAGUACGUAUAAAAGGUACAGAGUAUUUACCUGAACCCAGUUUUUAUGAACCAGAAAUUCUCAUGUAAAGAUAUAUUUUCUUUUAAUUAAUGCAAUGUCUGAAAUAAAAGGAAAUGGUAAAGA